UAAAUUUGUUGGGAAAUAGAUUAACGAAAAAUAUAAAUAAUUAAUUUCAAUGUUAUAAUUUAAAUUGAAAAUAAUUCAAUUAAUUAGUCAUAACUUGAUUUUCUUGAGUUUAAGAUAGUUGAAAGUGAAGUGACGAUAUAAGGAAACAGCUGUCAAUAUCACGUAAUGGUGUAGGUAUUUUGUUUUCAUUCGGAUUAUUAUUGUUUAUGUUUUUUUCGGUUGUGAUGUUGUUAAACUGUUAAUAUUUGUGAUAAAAAUGGGUUCAAGAAAAUUACCACGUUCUUCGCUUAAAGAGAAAAAGGUACAGAAACGAAUAAAGGAAACCAAUUCAACUAUUCAAUCGAAAAUGACACUUUGUACGACGUCGACGGCACAAACGAGGCCGACCAGAAGACCUGGUAGGCCGCCGAUUGGUAAAUCUUACGUUGGACUACAGAGACAGAAAGAAAUAUCCGCUAAAGUGCGUUCGACGUAUAGAAGAAGCCUAGAUCCUUGCGAUAAUUCCAACGAUAGCGGUUUGGGUUUCGGAGAUCAUCACAUGGAUCCGCAUCACCAUCGAUCCGAUCGUUUGACUUGGACCGGCGACAGAUCGGAAUCGAAAAGACAAAAAAUUGACGUCAAAUUGGAACGAGAAGAGGCGAACGACAAUUAUUGUUUUCCGGAAAACGUCCUAACCUCCAAAGAUAACGUCUCUUUGAGUAGAUCGGCGCAAACAAACGCGGUAUCUUCCCCCCUCGAUAAUGGUACCGCAGUUAGAUCGGUACCGAGAAACGUACCGUUUAUCGACAAUAAACAAUCUUCAACGGGAAUAAUACCGCUGACGACGCAACUGAUGGCAACGUCGAGAUAUUCAAACGUCUCUUUGCAAAUAUUGAAACAACCGGAACAACAACACCGAGCUCGGUACCAAACGGAAGGUAGUCGGGGGGCGGUUAAAGAUAGAGAAGGAAACGGUUUUCCGGUGGUGCAAUUGUUGAAUUAUUACCAACCGGCAACGUUGCAAGUUUAUAUAGGCACGGACGCCGGUAGGAUUUCGCCCCACAUUUUCUACCAGGCGUGUAAAGUGAGCGGGAAAAAUUCGACGCCUUGUACGGAAACGAAAAUCGAAGGGACUUGCGUUAUCGAAUUGCAAUUGGAUCCUUCGAAAGAUAUGAAAGCGACUUGCGAUUGCGUCGGGAUAUUGAAGGAAAGGAACGUCGACGUCGAACAUCGGUUUCCGGAUCAAUUGGGUAAUAGACCGAAGAAGAAAUCGACUAAAUGUCGGAUGAUCUUCAGGACCACCAUUACCUUGGACGAUGGGAACAAAGAGACUCUGCAAGUCUGUUCGCAACCGAUUGUUUGCACUCAACCUCCCGGUAUUCCCGAGAUUUGUAAAAAAUCUUUAACGUCCUGUCCAGCCAGCGGUGGUUUGGAAUUAUUCGUAUUGGGUAAAAAUUUUCUCAAGGACACGAGGGUAUUUUUCCAACAAUACGAAGAAAAUCAAGUCCGAUGGGAGCAAACCGUCGUUCCAGACAAGGAAUAUUUACAACAGACGCACUUUGUGUGUGUAGUGCCGCCUUAUCGAAGACCGGACAUAGCCGAACCAAUUUCGGUAAGGUUAUGCGUUAUGUCUAGCGGUAAAACUUCGGAAUCCCAUCAGUUUGUAUACACACCCGUUAACGGGGUACCGAGUGUGAUGGUCGAUGCUUUACCUCCGCCUCCGCCGUUUUUCAAAAGUAAUUUUUGGCAAUCGAACGCGUCCAUCAGCAAAAGGGAACAAGAUCAAGACAUGAUGCCGCCUCCGGAUACAAGCUUAGUUCCCGUAUCCACCAGACGUCCAUCGAUGAAUCUACUACAAUCGAUUAACGAUAGUCAUUCGCCACCACUGUGUCCAUUAAAACAAGAAUACGUCGACGAAUCGAGUCAAUGUUCUCUAAUAGACCAAGAUAGAUACAGACAUUUAUCGGAAAGUUCUUUGGACGCCCACCAAGGGGAUUCCAACAUUUCCAUGUUGAACGAAAACAGCAUGAUGAGUCACAUGAACGAUAAUUCGAACAUCAGCGUCGGUAACGAAGAUACCGCCAUCGAUAUAGUUCGAGGUGGAAACGAAGACAGUUCUUCGACUCCAUCGACGUCGAUAUUGAGCGAACAAACUAGCGCCGUAAUGGAUUUAAGGAUGAAAUUACCGAUAGCCACCGUAGCGGAUUUAGUUAAUACGACGGCGCCUUCGAUAGCGGCCCUCCAACGUUUCGGCAUCAUGGAACACCCCACGGAACCGCUGCCGAAUCAGAGCGCGCAAAGCGUCGAAAAUUAUUUAAACAAAAUCGAAGCUAAACCGUCGAUGAUACCUCUAACUAACCCGACGGGACUUUUGAUGAAAAACGACCUGAGUCGAAUUAUAAACGGAAGGGAACCGAUGUUUCCGGCGACGAAUCGACCGUUCAUGUCGUGUAGAAGUCAAAACGAAGUUGUCAAUAUCGUAGCUAAAUCGGAAAGCGCCGAAGUACCGGUACCUAUACCGGAACGAAACGACACGACGGCGUCUUCUACUAUAACGACGGUGUCGAAUAGCUUGGAACGAAUCGUACCGACGCCCAUCAACACCGAAAAAUUGGACGCCCUAGUUAAUUCGACGGUGGAAUCGCAUUUGAGUCCGACUUCGCCCAAAGACGUCCUGGUACAGGAAGCGAUCAUCCCCGCCGGAGACGUUAUGUUGAAUCCGAUGAUGAUGACGACGACGACGACUACGACGUCGAUUUUGGGCCGAAACGAAUUGCCGGAUAAUCCGAAUUUGACGACGACGACGACGGAAGCGAUUUUGAGCACGCAGAUAUCGCCAAGUUUGAUGUGCGCUAAUACGCGACGGCGGGAAAAUUUGUGUCGAUCGGCGCAACGACCGUUAUUGACGACGGCGGCGGCGGCGGCGGUGACGGCGCCGGUUAAUUUGGCGUCGUUGACGACGGAAGCCGAAAAGGUGGUGUUGUUGAACGCCGCCGUCGAUCUAUUGGAAACGCAGCAACAGUUGCACGGUAUAGGCGGCGGCGGCGCGACGGCGCCGGCGGAUGAUUUCGUCGCGCGGUCUUACGGAUCGCCGAUGGUUAAGGAGAUGGUGCCGAAUACGCAAAACGACAAAAAUAAAACUGUCGAUGGGAUGAUACCGCAGGGGUUUACCGCCUUAACCGAAAACGAACUCAUCAGUUUGAUUAAUCCGAGUUGUUUCGAUCAAGUAUAAAAUUCAUUGGUGGAGGCAAUCAUCAUUCAUAUAUACUUAUCAAUGUGAUGUAAAAUGAAAAAUAUUUGUGACGUAUUUACCUAUUAUUUGAUAUACACUCGUAAAACAUUGAUAUUAUGACGUAAAAAGGUCGAAUCACACAAAACGAAUUCGUUAGGUAUAAAUCUGUGUGCUAAGAGUGUUCGUUAGUAUCAUCAUCUAAGUUUAUAACCACACUCGAUACCGAUAUAAAUUAAACCUCGAAUUUCAUCGAUAAAUAUCGCCGAAAUAGAGGCUUUAUUUCGCUAUUUGUGUUUGCGAGCUAUGUUAAGUUGAAAAAGUUUAACCGCUAAACGUAUUUGUGUUACUCUAAUUGCCGAACGCACCUAUAAAGUCGUUGAUAUAAUUUGACAACGUAGACAGAUGUGUUUAUGUCAAUCAGUUUGUGAAAUACUGUUGAUAAUAUAAAAGUGUGUUUGUAUAUGAAAUUGUUUAAUGUGAUUAAACUGAGAUUUUGUUUCUAACUUAACAUAGCAAUGUAACGUUCUUCUAGUCCCAUCUAAAACAUCGUGAAUAAAAUAUAUUUUUAUAUGGUUACAUUUUAACUUGGAUAUGGUAAAAUGUAGAAUUUGAUAUUUCGAUUUGUUUUUAUCUAAAUAACUUUACAAAAAUCAACAUUCCAGCAGCUGUUUUCAAUUAAUCGGAAUCUAAGACGCUUUUGUUUCGAUAACAUUUAAUGGCCUAAUAUUGUAUAAAAAAAUAUGACUGAUCUAAUUUUUAAUUGAAAAAUAUUUAUAAGGCUCCAUUGGAAAAGUUUGUUUUUCUUGAAAAAAUAUUGAGAGUUUUAUCGCAUUCUUCCUGAAUAUGAAAAUUUUGCAAUUAUGUUCCUAUUUUGGGGAGUCAAAUGUUUUCAGUGAAAGCAGAAAAACUUGUAUAUAAGGUGUUACGAUAUUGAAGAAAAAAAAGUUUACAAAUUCUUCGGAAUUUGAUUUUUUUUUUUCUAAAUGCAUUGAUAACACUGAUAUUAUCACAUCGCAUUUUUUUGUUACCUAUGAUUAAUAUAUUUAUGAUUGUUUUUAUUUCGAGUAUAAAUAGUCUAAUUGUACAUUAAGCAUAGAAGUUUGUAUGGAUAUAAAAUUGUGUUUAUUAUUGUUACAAAGUAUAUAUUAAAAAAUAUAUAUAUAUACAUA